GUUUAGUUGCUGUCCGCAAAAAACUGAAUUCACACUGAAAUCGACAAAUAAAACAAUUGUAUUAAGUAUCAGCUAUAAUACUAAAGUCAGACAAUGGAUGGACAAAGUGGUGAUAGAAACACAUCAUUGCCACCCGUUUCCACCAGUUGUACAAUAAAACGUUCGUUUGUAAAGGUGACCUCAACGUCUAAAGAGUUUAGUUCAAGUAGUGAUAGUGUGCCCACUCUUAUGGUCCACCGGAAGGACUCAUUUGAUAAGAAUCACAAAAUAUUGGAACUGCGGAACCGUUCGGAAUCACCACAACCUGUACUUCGGCUCAAGUUUAGUGAUAAUUCUUCGGGUUAUGGAUCUGCGGCCUCUUUCUCAUCGAUACACAAUUCCUUACAAAAGACUCCUUCAGUCCAUUGCUUCAUAAAUAGUUCGCAACAGUCGUCGACAGUUAAGAAGAUUGAGAGACCAACGAAGUCACAGAUGAUUAGAGACAGUAUAACCAACACUUUGGAUCAGAUCGACAAAAGAGUGGCUUUUCUUCGGGAAACGGCGUCUGAAUUGGAGGACGAGAAGCGAAAGUUAUAUCGAGUCCUCAAUUCAAUCAUUACGAGCGAUCAAUUGGAUUCUAUAGGAGAAGUCGAAAGGGAAGAAAUUAAGAUAACAUCUCAUGGAUUACUGUUGAGAUUGGAUAGCGUCGACAUCAACCUUAAGAUUACCAGAACUGUGACACAAGAGAAAGCACUCGAGAAUGUGAACACAUUUAUUGAUAAACUGUCCGAUUGUGUCAAAAAUGAUAGGGAUUGUGCCAAACAGUUGUGUCAGACCUACUUAAGCUCCUGUUCUUCAGAUCAUUUCAAACCACUUCCAGUCGACGAACAGUUCCAGAAGACUGUCAUCGGAUGCAGUCUUGACGACCAGAAGAAGAUUAAGAAAAAAUUGCAAAAUAUAUUCUCGAGUUUAUGAAGCAAUCGAUUUGACGAUAAAUUAUAAAUCAAUUCA